AUGUCGGAAGAAGGAGAACUCCGUAUCGGCAACCUUCAGGCGACUUGGGAGGCGGCCUACGCCUCCCGCCUCCCGGCCGAGGUCACCAUCGAAAUAGGAACCGCUCCUGAGACGAGCAACCGACACGACGGAGACAGCUACCUGAUGCAUUGCCUGCGCCAGGUAAAAAACAAAUGUAUAAAACGUCUUCUUAUUGUCUAAUUUUAGAUCUGGCAGGCUUUGCAAUUCUGGAGAAAAUGGACUAUCUGA